GCGAGUGCAUGUGAAAGGAGGUGCUGAAAAACGUUACACUGGGGAGAGAGCUGUGUUACCACAGAGAGAGUAGAAGAGUGAGAGAGUAGGGGAGACAGAGAGAGGGGCAAAGAAUAGAAAGAGCAUUGUGUUGCUGCUGAGAAAGAACCCAUGUCCGCACAAAGAGAGAUGAAAGAGAAGAACCACUGGCACAAGCCUGUGACCAUCAUCAUCACUGUGAUUGGUGUCAUGGCGAUUGUUGCCUUGGUGACGGUAGCAGUUUUGCAGAACAGGCCUCUCUCCCAAAAGUAUAAGUAUGGGAUUGUGAUGGACGCCGGAUCUUCCCACACAGCACUGUACAUCUACGCCUGGCCAGCUGAGAAAGAUAACAACACCGGCAGAGUGGAACAGACACAUUCCUGUAAAGUCAAAGGUCCAGGUAUCUCCAGCUAUGCAUCUAACCCAUCGAAAGCAGGGGAGUCUCUGAGAGUCUGCAUGCAGGAGGCCAAGCAGCUAGUCCCUGCAAAUCACCAUAGCGAGACACCCCUUUAUCUGGGUGCUACUGCGGGAAUGAGAUUGCUUAAUUUGGAGGACAGCUCAGCGUCAGACAGGGUCUUUCAUGCUGUGGAGGGAGCGCUGCAAAAGUUCCCCUUUUCCUUUCAGGGAGCAAGAAUCCUAAGUGGCCAGGAAGAGGGAGCUUUUGGCUGGGUCACAGUCAACUACUUGGAUGAUCGGUUGAAACAGGGCUUGGAAACAAAAGGUGCUCUUGACCUUGGUGGGGCUUCCACACAAAUUAGCUUUGUAUCCGAUACAUUUGACGGCUCGGAGUCUCCUGACAAUAACGUGAACUUUCGACUCUACGGAAAUGACUACAACCUGUACACUCACAGCUUCCUGUGUUAUGGGAAAGACCAGGCGCUACGAAUGACGCUGGCACAACAGACCUUGUCAGGUCCAGGAUCAAUACUAGACCCUUGUUUCCAUCGUGGCUACACUGACACAAAGAACUACUCGGUCCUCUAUGACAGUCCGUGUGUGUCAAAAAUGAAACCCCAAAAUGCUACCCCUACCUUUACUCACAAGGGGGGAGGAGACUUCCUACAAUGCCAAGAUGUCAUCAAAAGAAUCUUCAACUUCACACACUGCAAAUACAACCAGUGCUCCUUCAAUGGGAUCUUCCAGCCAUUUUUGCAGGGGCAGUAUGGGGCUUUCUCUGCUUACUACUUUGUGAUGGACUUCCUCAAUCUGACAGAUACAUCCAUCCCUCUGGAAGACGUCAAGGAAAAGCUAAAACGCUACUGUGCUACGCCUUGGAGUGAGCUAACGCAGCAGCAUGGAAACAUAAAGUACCUGGCUGAAUACUGCUUCUCUGGCACAUACAUCGUCACCCUGCUGACCGAAGGAUACAACUUCACCUCACAAACCUACCCCACCAUAAAAUACAUCAAGAAGAUAAAAGGCAGCGAUGCAGGCUGGACGCUGGGCUACAUGCUGAAUCUGACUAACAUGAUUCCAGCCGAAGCUCCGGACACUCCCCCUCUGCCCCACGCAGGCUACGUCUCCAUCGUCACCAUCAUGGCAAUACUGCUCUUCGUCCUCUUCAUCGUCAGCCUGCGUCCUCUCUGGCCGCGGUGCUCCAAACAGCCACAUAUUAUAUGAACACACACACAUGUACAGUAUGUAUUUAUGUGUGAAAUUGUGUCUGUGAGCUGGUGUCCACUAUUUUACCUAUAAUGGGAAUGAAUUUACACUUAACAGCCUUUGUGGGGAUUUCAAAAGGUCAAAAGGUCAAACAUCUGCUGAACAACAACAACCCUGCAGCUCAUAUGGAGUCAAGGACAUUUCAGAAGGACAAAUGUUUUCUCAUACCGGGGGAUAAAUGAACCUUGAUUCCCUGGCUGAAGCACAUUUCCUCAUGUGUUUUUAUGUUUUGUUUUGUUUUUUAUGUGUGUGUGCAUUUGAAUGUAUGUGUGAAUGUGAGUGCCCACAUCAGUCUGCAUGUACAGUAUGUGUCUUAUAAUGUGAAUGCAAUACUAUAACAAAUAAACAACCUGAGUUUAUAUAAUAUGUUUGUUUGAUCACUUAUGUCAGGUUAAACGUUGCAUGAAUGAAUUAUAAAACUGACCCCCAAAUUCUGCUCUUGAUUAAAGGCCAUAGAAACCGUUAAAUUACAGUGAAAAUAGCAACAAAUUAUCUUUGGAUUGCAAGUCAUAUCCUUCUUCUUCUUGUAAUUUUAACCAUGUUUUAAUGACUUGAAGGCACAAAACAUCCACCACCAUGUGCUGUACAUACUGUUUGAUCCUCGUGUAAACUGAGACAGCUUUGACAAAGUUAAUAAUGUACAUUAAAGACUUUCUUGUUCGACGCCA